ACCUACAACCAAUAUUGCGGUGCCAAAAUAUACCUGCGCUCACAACACCGAAGGCAUUUACCCGCGAUUCAGGGAGUCUCUUCACUGGUGGCGCAGCAACAGCAAUAUCACGAUCCAGGCAAAAAAAGGAUCGACUUUCCCCCAAGACCUCCAGCAAAUUCAACAACAGCGAGCACUCCAAACAACCGCACACGAUUCCUUUCUUCUCUCCCUCUCCCGCAUAUCAUGCACCUCAGAAGACACUCUAAACGCCAGCUUCGAUGAGGCGCUGAGUCGAUCUCCUGGUUGUUGCGCUGCUUGUGCUCCCACAUUGCUGCAUUGUCGCUGGAGGCGGUAUAGCUUCUGCAACCCGCCAGAUUAAGUGCUGUCGACUCGUGGCUGUGAGGUUUUGUGGAAACCCUAGUUCCGGUUGCAAGCUUGUCUUGGGUCUGCGCAAUCCGUGGGUAUUUCCCGCAGUUGUUCGGUAGCUAAGUGCGAUUCUAGGGUGGCCAAUCGCAGUGACACUGUGAAUUGGAUCCGCGCUCUGAUGGUCAGCCCCAGGUUGGGAAGAAGCGUUAAUGCUGGCCGCAUUUCUUGAAAGGACCAAGACUGCCGAGUUUGUGAGCGCCAGUCUCGUGUUGGAUGGCAAUGUAGGCUUGUGAAACUCCAGAAGCAGGUCGCUGGGGGCGUUCUGACACUCCGCACAUUGGAGUAGGGCUGGCAUUGCAGCAGCAUCGAGCAGUUUGGUCCCCGAUGGAGGGGACUGCACCAAGCGAUCGAAGUGCAAAGCGAGGUGCGAUCGAAUGCUGUUAGAUGCAGAAGUAGGGGGACUAGAUCAAUCGGGGCUGGGGGGGAGCUGGAGGGAGACGGGAGUGUGUGUGGAUGGGGGACAGGGGGGGUUUCAGGCGCAGAUGCUGCGAUCUAGAAGCAGAGGCAGGGCAGCGUGUGAUUGCGCCGCGGAGAAGCCAGAGUUGAGGCUGUCGUGGGUGUCGACAGAGAAGAAGGUCGUGGGAAAUCUAGAAUUGUUAGAACCUUGUGAGCACGUCUCGGAGGCGGAGACGCACAGAGCACAAUGCAGAACGGCAGGGGUGCUGUCGGCAGGGUUGCUCGUUCGCCUGAUUCAGAGCAGGGGGGGGAAAGCAUGACUCAGUCGAGUAGAUCCAUGAAGAAAACGAACACUGUGAAGGUGACGGAUCUGUAUGCGUUCGUGCUGGAGGUAUCGCGAGAGGACGCUGCGGUUCUGAACCAGGUGACGGAGAGGGUGAAGGAGGCGGGUAUGGUGUGGUGGGCUGUGGAAGCCAACAAGGGGUCGGACUGGUACUUGCAGUCGGACAUCUCGUCUCAGUCGCAGACCGGUCUUGUGUCGCAGCUGUCAGGGUCUUUCUCCACUCUGACGGGGUCUGGGCAGUUGCGGAGUUUGAUCCGGAAGGGCAUUCCUCCGGCUCUGAGACCGAAGGUGUGGCGAGCUGUGUCCGGGGUGAUGAAGAAGCGAUCCACGGUUCCCGAUACUUACUAUCAGGAUCUAAUCGAUGCUGUGUCGGGGAGAGAGACGUCUGCCACCCGGCAGAUAGAUCAUGAUUUGGGGCGCACGUUCCCAGGUCACCCGGCCAUAGAUUCACCUCAAGGGCAGGCAACACUUCGGCGCAUUUUGACAGGAUACUCGUUUCGGGAUUCUCGAGUAGGGUACUGCCAAGGCAUGAACUACGUGGCUGCGUCGUUGCUGUUGGUGAUGAAGAACGAGGAGGAGGCGUUCUGGAUGCUGGCGGUGCUGCUGGAAAACAUUCUGCUUCACGACAGCUACUCGGAGAAUUUGUAUGGGUGUCAUGUGGAGCAACGUGUGUUCAAGGACCUGUUCAAGAAGAAGUGCCCAAGGCUAUCUGCCCACUUGGACAGCAUCGACUUCGACGUGUCGCUGGUGACAACGGAAUGGUUUCUAUGCCUGUUCUCGAAGAGCUUGCCAUCGGAGUCGACAAUGCGAGUAUGGGACGUUCUGUUCAAUGAAGGGGCCAACACGCUGUUUCGAGUGGCGCUGGCAUUUUUCAUGAUGAAGGAGGAGGAUCUGCUGCGAGCAAGGUAUGUAGGCGAAGCGAUCAAGAUUUUACAGGAAGCGACGCGCGUGGCUUACGACCCGGAGGAGUUUCUGAAGGUGGCGUUUGAGAAGGUUGGAGCGGUUUCUACACAGACCAUAUCGAAGCAGCGGAAGAAGGAGCAGCCAGCCGUGAUGGCGGAGCUUUCGAGACAAAUCAACCGGCUGAGCUCCUUCGAAGGGGACCUGUCUCCAUCGCCGAGAAAGUAGGUGGUGCUGUGAUGCGGUUGCGGAAGUCCUUGGGUGGUGAAACAUGUAGGUCGACGUGACUUGGUGUUGAGGUGGUGCAACGAAGGUGUGCACUUGGACAAGCGUGGAUGGGUGCAUGUCGGGUGGAUCAAUGGAGCAGUGAGCCGUUGGGCGCGGGUAUCUAGGGGUGGGGUGAAACAGGGCCGUAUGGCAUGGGCGUGCGUAGGUGAAGCAGGGAUGGGUUUUCCUUGCGAGGAGGUCAGAGAUGAAGGCACCUGACAUGGACGAUCGUCGAUGCAUGGGUUUGCAAUAGUAGGUGUCGAGGAGGACUGGUAGGUUCCAGGUUGUAGUGUAUAGCGUAAAGUAGGAAGACACGAAUUGUGAAGCGGUAGGAUAGUUAAUGCGGUUGAUCCUGUGAGCGGUGCUUUCAAAUCAAGCGAUGGUCAUCGAGGUGGGAUUGAAUUGAUCAGGUGAACAGAGUGUGUGGUGUCGUGCAUAAAUUGAAGUUGUGGAUAGUCUUUCACAGCAGUGCACGGAUUGUUGGCGAGUGUGUGAAUUGUUGUGUGUGUGCGGGUGGUAUGAACGUGAUGAGUAGGUCCGGGUUGGAAGUGGAAUGCAACACGCGGAACGGAGAAGGACGGACGUGGGAUGUGGUGUGGGGGUAAAGGGGACCGUUUGGCACGCGGCAAAGUGAGGUUGGAUGAUGUGAUGACAGAUGUGGAGCACCUUGAGCGUGAGUGGUUGGGCAGAACAAGCAAUGUUGGUCUGGGGUCACGUGGUGGGUGUUUGCAGAUGGCGUGGCCGCAUGAUGUGGAAGCGUAGUGGGAAAUCAGUGGUGCGGAAUGUAAGCUUGUCGCAAGAGAGGGAAGUGGAGAGAAUGUGAUGUAAUGUCUCCAUUGCGCACGCAUGUUUUACAGGGGAUGGUGAGGACGAGGGCUCAUAGUUCGGGUGAGGGGUAUGUUUCACAGUUGGUGCGACUAAUGCGUAUUCUUGAAACCAAGUGGGCGGGUUGCAUUGCGGGUGUCUGGAAUUGCGGUUGAGCGUGUCGAUUUGUUAUUGUUGGAAGCGUGGUUUGAUUUCCGGAGUGGGAAGUGAGGCAUUCGGGACAGAGUGUACAAGGGAGCUAAUAAUCAUCGAUCGGCAAGCGCUGCGUGGCACCUGCAUGCUGUGGAUGGAGCGGAACAGCAAGGGCAACUGUGAAGAAUAUUGGCACGGGAAUUGCAAGGACGGAGGCGGGAAUGGCGAUGAGAGGACAAGAAAGAGUGUUCGUAAAAACCAAGGCUACGAUUGCCAGUGCUACAUUCACUGAGGCCUACUGCAAUUUCACGUCAUUGUGCUGAGAAUGUCCCCGGUCGAUUUUGACAGGACACACCAUCAUGAAUCAAAACGGCGACCAGCUGGAAUAACAAUGGGGAAACCCAGUUGCCAGUGCAACAGUUGGUGAUGGGCGUGAGAAGUGUUUAGUAGUGUGCCUUGUCUGCGUAUUUGCAAACAGUCGAGGCACUUGGUCUUUGGCCAAAGCGCCUCACAUGUUGGUCCACCAUGGAAUUGGAGGGUCGUGGAUGAAUUUGGUAAGAUGAGGGCCGUGCGGGUUGUUUGUUGCACAUCUUGCAUCGGAGUUGUCCGCAGUUGAACAAACGAUGAUGGCAAGGUGUUUGGUUGGGCACAAGCUAGUUAUGCACGUAGCUGUUGUUGGGUCCAUCACAUCUUGCCUGAAAAGAAUUUUAGGCAGAGGAGUAGGUGAUUGUGGCGACGACACCGAAUGAACAGAAAUGGGAUGCAUCCCAGACAUGACUGUAACUUCCUGCAACGCAAUUUCCAUUCCUUUCGAUUCGAAACGUAACUGAAAGCAGUGGGUGGCUGGUACUUACUACGCACACUUCGUAUGACCCCGGCAUACUAUUUGGAGACAGCGAGGGAUGCGCAUUAAUGGUUUCCUAUGUGACUAUGACUUUGGAGAUAAUUGGAGACUGGCUAGGACGCGUCGAUGAGGUUGAGCGCGUCGAGUAAACCAUCGGAAGCAGUGGAAGUCACGUAGUACUCCAUAGAACGUGGCAAGCACAGUUGGGGGACUGGGGAGCUAUGGAUUGCGAAGGCUGCUCAACGAUCACUUCGUGCGCGUCGUGACUCCUCCUAACUGUUUAUCGUCGGUGAAGCGUCUGGUUUAUAAACAGGCGGUGAGUGCGCCCAUGGUUAGGAUAGGAUUCAUUUGACAUGGCAGUCUGUUUGUCCUUGCUGGCAAUCGAACUUGGAAUGCGAUGGAAUCGUUUUCCAUUGCAUCUUAGAUGCGACUAGCCUAGUUCUUGAAGUCGUUGUUUGUGAACCUGUGGCAGAUUUUAACUUUCACGCCAGCGUAGAGGGGUUGCUUAGUCAUACCACUAUCGAAAUUCAAUUCCGUUAAUUUUCAUGUCUUAUUAUGGAAUUUGUACUUUUUAGCUUCGUAAUCCAAACUUUGAAUUUAAGGAACAAGAAGGCUGUGUAGGGACUGGGAAUGUUAGAGUUUUGAGUUAAAUUACAAAAAAUGUACUUGACAAGUUUAAAUGAGUUAUGUCUCAUAUUGCAACUAAA